AAAACAGGCUUUUGGUACCUCUUAGGGGUUCUUUUCAAAUUUUCUUGCGAGCACCCCCGUCCUUUUUACAUGGAGUUCCCCCGGGAGUUCAAAGUGUGUCUAUGUUGUAGGUUGCAUGCCUGUUCUAGGCUGUCGGUCAGUACGAAGAGACGAUCGAAAAAGCAAACGGGCGAAAUGGAAGGGCCGCAUUCCCAGUUAGCUUCCUGGUCCCGCUCAUUCUUGAAUUAUCUCUCUCUCUACACAUGGAGGGAAUGGCGGGAAAGGGCGGGAACCUGAACAGUAAUGCUUCUUAUCCCAGACUCCUCCCAAGCUUACUGUAGCCGCACGUGCUAACAUGGCCAUUAUGUGUUUGAGAGGCUGGAAGGGAGUAUAAUUGAUCCCAGACUCAAAGAAGCUAGUUUUCACAUUAACAGAGUGUCAACUGAAACAACCUUUUUAAGACCAAAGUUGUUUCGGUACAAUAUUUUUUUUCCGGGUUUUGCAAGUUGUGGAAGCAUUGUGAUCAAAUAUGGUUACAGGGUUUACAUGGAACCUUGAAAGUUAAAUGCGUUGAAAGUGUUUGAAAAUUGUACUUGUGUCUGAAAUAUCAGUAAUGUCGACCUCAUGGUUUCCUGGGAUGUCUAGGUCACUUUAAAGCGAAAAUGAAAGAACGAACAAAGAACCGGCAAAAAUAAACUCAACAGCAUCCUUUAGUCACUUUCGUUUGCUUUCAACGGAAAAGCUCCAGUUCAACUCUUGAAUGGGUUUAUAAUUACGCCGGAUUUGCGGAGGCUGUCUUAUCUUCUGUGUCUUAGGUACAGGAAAAGAAAUGUCAUUCUUGAAUUGGUCAGCUUCCAUUAGUACAUGUAUAGGUGAUCGUUUGAAUGCGAGUGCAAUUAAGUCAACGGGUGAUGUUUGGAGAUUCUCUCAAAAUUGCACGGACCUUCAGGCGAGUGCAAUUUGGAAAAAAAAUCAAAUACCACAAGUCAGUGCAUUGCUCGAGCUUUCAUAAGAUUACUUAUUUAUUACACGACUGAGAAAAUUACGGAAAAGCACGCAAUAAAAUGGCUUGCUCUCAGCUAAUCACAAUGAAGUAAAUUCUACAGUCACAUAUAAGAAACUGAAGCUUUUCUUCGCGAUAGAAUCGUGGAAAGUGGAGUACCCGGUGAUCGAACGAGUAUUCAAAUCACACAAAAAAGUAUUCUGUAAUGUAUCGAUCUAAUAGAUACAUCAACAUCCCCCCCCCCCACCCCCCCGCACGGCACACUCCGGGCAGUUGACAAGUUCAUAUGACCCGGAGGCGGGAAUUUGACGCCUGUGGUUGAUAUUGGGAUGGGGUAUUCGACACCAUAUGGGAGGGGUAAAGCAGGAUUUGAAAAAGUUGCAUCGUAAUCAUGAUGAAGCUAGAGGGCAUCAAGAGACAACAACGUUCUUUUCUAGGUUGCGGCUAGCAAAAAACGCCUUGGAAGACUUUGUGUUGGGUUUGAAGGUAAAUAUAAACAUCUUUGCUCGUGAAAAUUUAAUCAAUUUUAUAUUGAAAUGAUAUAUGAACAGUUGGGAUACAAUGGAGGAUCAAAGUUAGUGUUCCAAGGUGAUUUUUUUUCCGUGCUUAAGAAUUCUGAAAACCGAUUCUUCACACGAAUUUCCGAGAACAGUCAAACAAAAACCAGGUUUGCUGAUCAAGCCCUUUCUUUCGCUCAUUAACAGAUUAUGAAGCUUAGCUGGCAUAUCUAAAAAAAGCAACAAUAAAUAAAAAAUUAAACCUACAAUCUACCGCCGACAUCAAGGACUGUGACAAUGGAAAAAAAAAAAUCAAAUGUAGAAAUAUAAUUUAGUUUAAUUUGAAAGUGGGGGCAAUUUCCAUGUAAAUUGGUGACAGAUUUCUCCUGUCCCAACUUGGCCAUUUUUUGCGACUCAUCUGUGUUAAUAAAAAUAUAUCAUCACAUAUUUAUUGUCAAUAAAUGUAUUAUUGAAGGUUCCCGUUUGUUUUAAAUGAUAAUCUUUUUCUGUCAACAUGAACUUCUCCAGCUUUCAACUCGAAUUAGAAAUCAGAAUUGCUUUCAUAGUGGCUGUAUGUUGAAUUUACUUGGCGUUUCUACGCCGACGAAACGCCGGAACUGAAUUAACACAGAACACCUGUCUUCGCUCUAACUGUUCUUCCUGGUAUUCAAAUGAAAUAUAAAGCAAAUCGACUGAUCGCAAAACCUAUUUGUCAAUUUCCUCUUAUAACAAUUCAUAAAUGCACUUUUUGUUUUUUUGUUUCAGACCAUUGGACGAUUCGGUCAAUGCGUUUUCGGUGUACAUCUCUAAUUCAGUUCUCCCCAGUCGAAUUAACAAUUCUGUAAUUAAAAUUUGACAAACGGAGGGAGCAAAGGGCUUCGAUUGCAACAGCUGCCGACUAGAUGUUAAUUCCAUGCAGAUUAACAUUUCACGCAGCGGAGUAUUACUUUUGACUGCGAGCGAUAUUUUUAUCGAGACCAACCGUCCCAAAACUUUAUGUAAGACAAUAUUUACACACACAAGCAAGCUACUUUUUAACAGUUGUCGGCGAUGUCACACGUGUAUUCGAGACAGCAAAUUCGUUCCUCAAGAUCCACGCAGAGUAAAGGAGAACUUUCUUAUCAAAGACAUUUUCCUCAUUUCGACCUGAACAGCCGGGCAGUGAAAUUGCCCCCAAUUAUAAAGAACGAGUUGCUAGUUGGUCGCGUUGGGCAAGGUAACUCACAUUCAGCUACGAGGUCGAAAGAAACUUUAACUGUUUCAUUUCCCAAAAUCUCUGACGCUCUAUCGCAAAACAGUCGGAAUGGGAGUGCAUCACCGCGACACAAGACGGAAAGCAAAAAAGCGCCGGUAAAACAUGUCGAGAAAGCACCGAUUAACUUUCCAAACUCCUACACAGUAUUACCUCCGAUAGGAAAAACAAACUCAUGGAGGGCUCAGAACGGAUAUUCGUCCCCUCAAUUACCUCCGGAAAAUGGCGGAAAAGUCCCGAUAUCGGCCCAAGACCAGAUGAAAAGUCGACGAAGGAUGUCUCCUCAGAGGAAACGCUCAGAUCAUGCAUUGCCGCCGCCUUCACCGACCACCAUAAACAUCCCAGAUCCAGCGAGAAAUAAAGAAAGCUUUUCAACAACCUCGUUCGUUGACAUUUCAAUUGCGGUCGAGAAUCAGAAUGAAACCGAAAAGCAGACUGUGUUCGUGUCCGACACCAGUACAGCAAGUUCAACAUUAGCUGAAGAUGCUAUUGCUGAUAACAAACAACCGAGCCUGUCCAACGAAGACAUUCAAAUGACAGAAUGUGAUACUGUACAUCUGUUAGAGAGGCUUGAACUGACGAAAGAGGCUCAGGAGUUCUUGGAAUGCGACCAAAGUAAGCGCAGGCCAGCGACUUGUAUAGAAAUUGACCCUUCGCUGAAAAAAGCUGUCGAUAUAAUAAGGGAUAAUUUACUGCGUCAGACCAUGGAGGAAUUGUGCAUGAUGUGGUAAAAGAAAUACCGUGAUCGACCAAAAUUAAUUCUCAGUGAUCGCACUGUAGUAGGGACGCUCACUUUGGCACUGAAAAUGUAUUCCUGGGUAACUGCGCCAAAAUACGGCUUCCGUCUACAAAGAGUCGGCUUAAAAUUUCACGUGCGUUUUUUAAAAUGAGGAAAAACUUAAUUUGAGCUCUGUUUGGGUUUAAAAUGUUUACCAGAGAGCGCUCUCACCAUGACCACCUGAAAUGAUUAUCGACUGUAAAUAUAACAUGUAAAAUUGAUAAGAAAAAAGUCGAAAAUUGGAGCGAUAACUGAAGCGCAAAUAAUAAUAAAAUACUUUUAUAAAUAGAAUUACGCUUUUUGGUGUUGAAAGUCCAUAAGAUUGUUUUAGUGUCUGAGUAUACUAUAUUAAAAUCAUUUCGUCUACAGAUCGCUGUCGGCGGCGAUCACUGCUUCGCUCAGUGUUUUUAAGAUAAUGGAGCUGAUUAGAUAAAGCGGAAACAGCAAACGUUGAGUGAAUUUUGCUGAUCAUAAUUUCAAUUUUGAUAAAUUGACCAGUGACAUCUUGAGGGAUCUUACAAUAUCACAUCAUGAAUUAUUCACUGUUUAAUAGGAUUCAAUUGGGUUUACUUCAGGAUUACUGUGAAAAAAGUGAAAACUCUGUCUCAUUAAAAUUAAAAUAUGUUCUAGCAGUACAAUUUUGUAAUACAAAGAAAGAAAAACACAACUCGAAAGGAAAUAUAUAUACAUAUGUAAAAAUAAAAUGAAAACACAAAACAUGCGGAGUAUUACCAUAAUUUUCUGUUCACGCGUCAUUUCACUGCCACUACAUGACGUACGCGUCUGAGCGGCAUAUCAGGCAAUCUCAUAACAUUUUCUCAAGUAUUUGUUAAGAUCUUCAUCGAUGCCAACUCUUAAGUUGCCAUCCGUGCACAUCGACGUUACGUAAUCAGACGAACAGAUCUACACGAGAGCUAAUGCAUCAGUCAAGUCAAGCAGUACCCAUCCACAUCCCCGGCGGGAAUAGCCGAGAAUUUGCUCUCGUCUUGAUCCCGAUUUGAGAUUUUAUUAUUGCCCUGGGGCCGGGCAUUUUCCUACCCCUGGGACAUCCCCAGAACGUUUGGUACCCUUGUGAUCUUGGCCUCGCAUGUGGCGGAGAACGCAAACAUGAUGUUGGUCUCUUAUCAAUUUCAUCUCCUGUGUAUCACAUAUUGAUCAAAUGAAAUAACUCCAUUUCAUCUACGAUUCAUGAAAAUUUUAGCAGUGUCAUGGCCAGGGGAUGGGGCGUUUGCCUUCUUUUUUGUUCUCACCCUGGGUUAGUGGACCCACUUAUUUGUCCCAACCCUGGGGAAUUUACCAUCCUUUUGAAAAAAAAAAAACAAUGCCUGGGGUUGGAUAGGGACGGGAGGGAAUGGGGAUUAAUGGCCUGUUUUGACCACAAGCUGGUGUUGUUCUUGUUGGUCCCGAGUUCAACUCCUCUGUUACUCUUGUAAAUAUCCAACUGGUCUGUCUUGUUUUUGCCUUGUUGUGUCCAUUUCAUUAUGUGCUUCAUCAUUUGUUCCCACUGGCCUCGAAAAACCCAUUGCGGCAGUGGUGAUAUUUACUUAUUUAUCAUGUGUUCUUAUUGUGUUAUGUGACGUCACACUUUUCAGAGUGUUCUUGAGUGUUCAAGUCUGUUCCCUCGACUGAACUGUCGUCAAAAGUUUUAAGUAACGCCGUGUGUGACAUUCUCCAAUAUGAUACCAACAGUCAAGGCCUUCCAAUACAAAGUAGUUAAUUCUAUUCCCUACACUAACAGCAAACUAUGCAAAAUUGGAUUUAGAAUUAAUGAUGCAUGUACUUUUUGUAAUGAUGAACCUGAGACUUUAUAUCACCUUUUCUAUGAAUGCCCUCACUCCAAAACGUUCUGGACUGAUUUCGAAUCGUACUGGUACCAUCUAUUGGAUCAGCCAAUCCAUCUUUCUGCACAAAACGUUUUAUUUGGAGUUUUAUCCAAACAAUGCUCUAUCAAAUUUAUUAAACUAUUUCAUAGUAAUUGGAAAAUUCUUCUUGUGGGACAGGAGAAGAAGCCAAACACUUCCUAAAUUUCAAGGACUGCAAUCGAAACUUAAGAUUAAAUAUGAAACAGUAUGAAAGUGAAAAAACUAUCAAC